GAAAACUACGUUUCCCAUGAACACACGCGAGCCUUUCGUCGUUGUGCGUCAACUCCCCAGUCCCCCCACCAUCACCGUUCUACAGAGGAAGAAAGGGGGAGACGAGCAACCUAUACAGAACGCUUUCACACAAAUAUGAGCGGCAGCGGGCGGGCCAGGACCAGCUCAUUCGCUGAGCCUCCCGGAGCUCCCGGGUCCGCUGCAGCCGGUGCCGGAUCAUCUGUAGCCGGCGGAAGCUCGACAGGAAAAACUGGGGCUUCACAAGCCAGUGGAAGCAGCACGACGAGCUUUGGGAAUUUGAAACUGCCUCGAGACAGUGGCAAAGUGACGACAGUGGUAGCCACACCUGGCCAGGGCCCAGACCGCCCACAGGAGGUGUCUUACACAGACAUAAAGGUUAUAGGAAAUGGCUCCUUUGGGGUGGUCUACCAGGCCCGUCUCAUCGACAGCCAGGAGAUGGUGGCAAUAAAGAAAGUUCUCCAAGACAAAAGGUUUAAGAAUAGAGAGCUGCAAAUAAUGCGGAAAUUGGACCACUGCAACAUUGUCAGGCUACGUUACUUCUUCUACUCGAGUGGAGAGAAGAAAGAUGAGGUGUAUUUGAAUCUGGUGCUGGACUAUGUCCCCGAGACAGUGUACAGGGUAGCUCGGCACUUCAACAAGGCCAAGACCACCAUCCCCAUCAUCUAUGUUAAGGUGUACAUGUACCAGCUGUUCCGCAGUCUGGCUUAUAUCCAUUCCCAGGGCGUGUGUCACAGAGACAUCAAGCCUCAGAACCUCCUGGUGGACCCAGAGACCGCCAUUCUCAAACUCUGUGACUUUGGCAGUGCAAAGCAGCUCGUUCGGGGGGAGCCAAAUGUGUCCUAUAUCUGCUCACGGUACUAUCGUGCCCCGGAGCUCAUCUUUGGUGCCACUGACUACACAUCCAACAUUGACAUCUGGUCUGCCGGCUGUGUGCUGGCUGAGCUGCUGCUGGGCCAGCCCAUCUUCCCUGGGGACAGCGGUGUGGACCAGCUAGUAGAAAUCAUCAAGGUUCUGGGUACACCAACGAGGGAGCAGAUCCGAGAGAUGAACCCUAACUACACAGAGUUCAAAUUCCCACAGAUCAAAGCACACCCUUGGACAAAGGUGUUUAAGCCUCGUACCCCACCAGAGGCGAUUGCUCUCUGCUCUCGACUGUUGGAAUACACACCGGUGACCAGGCUCUCUCCCCUGGAGGCAUGUGCACACGCCUUCUUUGAUGAGCUCCGCCAGCCCAACACCCGCCUGCCCAGUGGACGAGAACUGCCGCUCCUCUUCAACUUCAGUCCCGUCGAGCUGUCUAUUCAGCCCCAGUUGAACACCACACUCAUUCCUCCUCACGCUCGUGCACAGACAUCACCUGCCUCACAUGAGGGCAGUGUGUCAGACAGUACCGCCCAGCCCAGCUCAGCACCUGGAUCCAUCAGCAACAGCACCUGAGCAUCCAUCCUUUUGUCAUCCCUUCUUUUUGUUUCUCCCCUGUUUUUCCUUUUCUCUCCUCUGCUCCCCUCCCCUUUUAACCUCCUCCCCCUCCGGCUCCAAACUUGAGAAAGAAAAACUAUACACACCCACACGAACACUCGCUAUGUUCCCUGAAUGUUAACCAUUUCCAAUAGAAAGCAAUUUUUUUUGUGGCUGCUAGUUUCAGGAAAGUGUGGGUUGUUUUUUAAGGACACUCAAGUAGCCAUGUUUGGACUUAAUAUAAGCUGCAGUUGUACGUCCAGGCUGGCUCUUGUUUAGUCUGUUAGAUUAAAGAGCCUCUCCAUUUCCUUGGUAGGAUGUUUGGGAGAUGAGGAAGGGGGUUGUCCAUGUUAUGUGUAUUUUCUGAAUUAUAAUCAGACUUUUGACUUUUAUCACAUUUUAUGUUCAUUUUAUUUGCAAUAGCUAAUUUUAUAUGUGGCUGUGGUGCCACUGAAUGGGGUCCAGUUUGGAGUGAAAAUGCAGGCCCUGACUUUUAUUGACAAUCAUCUUUAGUAGAAUCAAAAAUGUUUGAUCCUACAGCCCUCCGUUUAGAUCAGUGGCUUUUGUGUCGCUGUCCUACCUUAAAUGUUAAGUAUUGUCAGUUGGCUCAGUCUAGUGAUGAACAAACACUAAGGAGCUUUUAAAAAUGCCCCCGUUUGAUACCAGACAGAAAAUAAGGCUGGUUUUGUCCAUGUCAUUUUAGAUGCAAAGUGAUUUUAAAUUUUAUUACAAGUGAGGGCAUUGCAGCCUGUCUUUACUGUUUCUUUUUGAACAUUAGCUCCUUCACUACCUUUUUAUGUAACUGAGAGGGAGCCUUAUAUGAACAGAGUGUACAUCCUUCAGUUUCUUUAGUAUAAGCUUAUGUUUUCUUUGGUGAAGCUGUAAACCAAGCGUUUCACAUGUUAAUUCUAAAGUGGUUAUUGCACAUCUUAAGAGGAAGCAAAAGGACAAGUUAUGUGUACUGUUCAGCCAUCAACACAACUUUACACAGAGUAACUAUUGGUGUGGAGCUGAAAAUUGUUUGUCUAUACAGUUCCCUUAUGCUGCACAGUAAAUGGACUUGUCAUUAAUUAUGCCAUGAUAGUUUCAUAUCAACUUGAUAAUGUUUGAGCGACAUCGGGUGCAGGGACUGAGAUGGUCUCGAAGUGCAGAGACCGCUGGCUGCUUUCACUGCUCCCCUGUGUCUCCACAGUCAUUGAAGCUAACGGACACAUGUUGGAAAACAUACAUGUGCAUGUUGACUGAAUGAGUUCUGUUUUUGCGAUUGUAGAUUUGUCAACGCCCUCUCCCCCCGUUCCCAAACAGCCUGCCUGUGGCGUUCAUAUCAUACACGUUCUUGUUCUGUAACAGUGCUAGGAACUGGUCUUGAAUGAUUACGCAGCCAACAGUCCACCGUCUGCAUGGACUCAUUUUGUUUUUUCCAUUGAGCAUACAUGCAUGUUCAGCCCAAGUUGUCCACACUGUAUUACUUCCACUAAUAUAAGUAAUAAUCUGACCAGAAAUUAUGCUCAAAUCCCUGAAACCCUGACAGCUUUUGGAGCAUCCCCUUCCAUUCCUUUCUGCCUUCUGCUUCCCUCUUCUCCUCUUUUUUUUCCACUGCUAAACUGUAAAUAUCAAGUACCUUUUAUUUUAUUUUGUUAUUUUUGUUAUUAUUGUUAUUAUAUUGUUGUUCUUGUAAUUUUUUUUUUCUCUAGUAGACCGGCGCAGCAGCGGCGGGACUGUUUAUCCUCAGUCGCAGUCUGUAAAUACGAUUUCAUUUCAGUCCCUGGUUCAGGAGGGAAAAACAGAACAAAAUGUUUCAUUUUUAUUCUCUCUCCCUCCAUUUCUCUCUUCAUGACUUCCCCGUUUCCCCCAUAAAUGUUGUCAUGACUGUUUUAUUUAUUGUAUCAUGUUUCUUGAGGGGGGCAUGGGUGGGGUCAGGGAAACUUUUAUUUUCCACUUGGGUGGUAGAAGUGAGGGAUUAGGGCUUUGUUUCUUUUUCUUUUUUUUUUUUUUAAUUCCAAAUAUUAUCCCAUCCAUGUCACAUGCAAAACGAUUCACAUCCAAGAUACUGUACUCUGAUCCAGGCGUUUGGAGUGUGUUUCCAGUCACCGGUCUCGUAUGUAUGCAGAUGCACAUACUAGCCAUUAUGUGGAACUCCAGUUUUCCAUUUAACUUCAAUGUGAAGGGAAUGUUACAAGCCUCUGGAUCUUUGGGGUCACGUGGGAGGGAGCACGGAUCAGCCUGGGUGUGUUUAUGAAUGUUUUUGUGUGUGUGUGUGUGUGUGUGUGUCUGGAGGACGGGGAAAAAUGAUUCUGUCCACUGACGAGUAACAUCUCCUUUGUCUGACUGUUUUUGUUCUGUUUGUGGUAUGAGUGCAGUGGGGGUAACCUCUUCAAUAGUGUGUAUGCUUCACCCAUACUUAGUGAGUUUCUUGAGCACAGCUGCAGGGAAUGUAUGUGUGUUUGUACACGUGCUGGCAGACGUUAUUAUCUGUAUUCUUUUCCUAAACGAAAAGCUGACUAAAUGUGCUAUUUUAAUGUUUGUUUGGUUUUUUUUUUGUUUUUUUUUUUAUCUUUGUCAUAUUUUGUUUUAAAUUUGCUGUGACCCUGCUCUUUUAUCACCUUUUGUCUGCGAGUGAAAUGUUAUUGUCAGGAACAGAAUAGUUGGAUGAAGGAGAUGAUGAAAAGAGAGGGAUGGAGGGAGAGAGACAGUUUUUGUUUGUUGGUAUAAAUAAUUAAACUCAUUAAUAAAGUGAUGAAACUGUU